ACACUUACUUUUCGUUAACUCCCAAAUGCACCCAGUCCAGUUGAUCGAAUUGUGAAGCAGGGAAGUAAAACCAGCCUAAAAAAAGACAAAAAUCAUUCUCCAUUCAAAGUCAAAAUUCAAAGAGAUUGAAACUGAGAUUGAUGCUUAACAACCACCAUGACAAAAGCUGAAUUUGAGUAAAAAAACUAAAGACAAAUCGAGAAAAGAUAUUGGAUUGAGGAAUCUAAAAGGGAUCUUCUUGUGAACUAAAAAAUCUAGGAAAUUGAAGGAUUUUUUAAGGAAAUUCAAGAGCAAGAAGAAAAUUGGUGUCAUGACGCUAGCUUUGAAUUCCUCAACCAUUAGUGUCCAACCAUUCAUCCUUCAUCAAGGUUCGCGAUGGUGCCUUUCUCCAGCUCCUCCAUCGCCUUAAAUGCCACUUGGAAUCUCGGCUCCAUCUUCACCACAAACUCAUCUGUGAACCCGAUUCGACUAACAUCUAGGUUCCCACUUGUUCCAACUUCAUGCUCUGUGCCGAUGAAACUAAUGAUGAUGAAGAAGAGGAAGAUGAGGCUACAGAUGAUUAGGAUGAGGAUGGAGGUAAGGAGGAAGAUGGAUCUGGUGAGGAUGAUGAAUAGCAAGGAGAAGGGAAAGGAAAGAAAGAAAGAAAGAAAGAAAGAAAGGGCAGGACAUACGUGCAAGUUUCCGAAUAUCUCGGCGCGCUUAACGAUGUCCAGAGAAAUUUCCGGCAGCACGGUGGGUAAGAGCCUCAGCGAGAUAUCGGAGGCGGCGACCACGCGGCUGAGCGUCGACCUAGUUUCGGCGACGAGGCGGAAUCUCGAGUUCUUGAGGAUUGUCAGCGGGUGGCAGUGGCUUCACCAGAGAUCAACGACUCUUGAGGCAGUCAGGAGGUACGAUGAGCUGUGGAUGCCGUUGAUUGCUGAUCUGACGGUGGGAUCAACGCCACCGAUGGUUCUGCCUCCGGUUGAUGUUGAGUGGGUUUGGUUUUGUCACACCUUGAAUCCUGUCAGUUACAGGCAAUAUUGUGAAUCAAGGUUCUCAAAAUUGAUUGGGAAACCAGCUAUUUUUGAUGAAGAAAACAAAGAAUAUGCAUUGAUGAGAUGCAGAGAUGUGUGGGUUGACAGAUACCCAACUGAACCUUUUGAGAAUGAGGUGGAUUCAUAUUCUGAAGAACAAAUCCUUGUAAAGGAAGAUCUUUUGAAUGAAGUUAAAAAGCACAGGUUUUUGUAUUCAAAAUUUUCAGAACCAUACUUGUGUGAGAUGUUGUAUUUGACAGCAGCAAGACAAAGGUAUAAAGGAUUCUUGUAUGUGAUGCAAAGAUUCAGAGAUUCAUGUCCUCGUUUCGUGCCUACAGUGGAUAUUCUGCUAAUAUUGCUGAUCCAUCAGAGCUAUCCAACAGUGUAUGCAGAGGAUUUGAAGGAAAUGUGGGUUGAUAUGGGUAAGAUUGUGGGGGCAUGGGAGACUGUCAAGGAAAAGGAGCUGGAAUCCACCAAGAAGCUUUGGGAAAGAACAGUUGAUCAGCCUUAUGAGAAAGCUGGAGGUGGGCUUUCCAUGGAACUGGAGAGGGUUGUCCCGGUGAAGCCACCAGUUUACUGGGAGGUUUCUGAAACAGAUGUCAACAGCAAAUAUAAGUCCAUGGUUCCCAGGUUCCUACUUGAGGUUUGUGUUUCAGUGAGGCUUAACACUGGCAUGAAGACACUAAAGGAUGGUAUAAAACACGAGUUUCUACGUCUGAGGGUAAUAAGAUGUCACAGGGAACUCAAGCUAGAUAAACAGAUCUCUGACUUCACCCAUGAUUCAUGGCAAAAGGCGUGGUAUCUCUAUGGUGAGUUUGGAACCAAAGGACUUACAGUGGAGCUUCAUGGUCGUGGUGGCCUCUGCUUCAGUGGAAGUAAAUUGCUAGAUGCAAGAACAUUUUAUUGGAAUGAUUUACUGAGAGCACCUUCUCUUACUCUAGAAAGAGAGGUUGACCAAGUUAGAAUUGUUGCUUCAAUAACACCCCCAGUUCAAGCAACAUACUUGUUGAAAUGCGUGCCAGACAGAGUCACAGAUGAUUCAGGAGCCAUGGUAUCAGAUGUGAUUCUGAAAUUGAAUAAUUAUAGGCCUCAAGAAGGUCGGUGGCUGUCACGCACGGUUCUGAAUCAUGCCGGGAGAGAGUGUUUUGUUGUUCGAAUAAGAGUUGGAGGGGGAUUUUGGAGACGGGGAGGGGAAACACCUUCAGCUGUAAAAUGGGAGGAUAGGAUAAUUGAGAUACGGGAAGGUUCUUGGUCCUAUGUUGCCGGUUCCAUUGGUAGAGCUCCAGAGAAAGUGGUAGGAACAGCAACACCAAAAGAACCCCCAGAGCAAUGGCAAGCUGCUUGGCAUUUUUCAACAGGAGAUGAAUUGAUGAUAAGCUGGGGAUCGUCAACAUCAACUUCUGGAAUGAGUUUUUGUCUAAGAAAUCAAACAUCUUUAGACUCAUCAGUAAUGUUAUUGAGGGGGCGGAAAAUGCAAUAUCAAGUAAAGGCAAGUAAUUCAGCCUCAAAGAGUAAUGAUAAACAACCUGAAAGCAACGAGAGAGAAGGUGACAAGGAGGACGAUGAGGAGGGAUUCGUGACUCUCAUCAGAUUCACUGACGAGAACCCAACAGGAAGAGCAACAGCUCUAUUGAACUGGAAGCUUCUGGUGGUGGAACUAAUGCCAGAAGAAGAUGCAGUAUUUUUACUUCUGCUGUGUGUUUCCAUUCUCAGGAGUGUGUCUGAGAUGAGAAAGCAAGAUGUGGGGUGUCUUUUGAUUAGGAGGAGAUUAAAGGAAGCAAGAAUCGGUGCUAGAGAUUGGGGUUCCAUAGUGCUUCAUCCUUCAUGCUCUCCUUCCAUUUCUUCACCUUAUUUACAGCCAUGGCACUGGAAUGCUAACCUGGUAAUGGCAGCAUCAGAUGCAGCAGCAGCUGGGAAUUUCACAAGGCAGCCGGCAUUGAAUUAUUCUCCAGUAGGAGGUGGGGAUAAGUUGUACAAGAGAGGAAUCAUUGCAUAAGCAACUGAAUUGGUGUACGUUACAGAAACCUAUCUUUUUGAUAAAAUAACACUUCGGUUCAGAGGUUUUAGAAAGAAGGCCUGCAAUAAUCAACUGCAUAAAUUCGGGCUGUGGUGAUAUGCUGUAUGGCGAUAAGGAAGCUGUGGAUGAAAUUGAAAUUGACGACCGAGAUCAAAUUUAGAACAUUCCUUUGGCUUGAAGGGAGAGGGCAUGAAUGUUUGUUUUCUCAGCAGAAGUGGAGCAGGAAUCCGAGGAUGUGUACUUCAGGAGUCACACUUUAAGUUAAGGAAGCCCAGGUUGGUUAACACUUGAGUUAUGUUAAUUCAGAUAUGAGGAAUAACAAAAUAAACUUUAACAAAACGGGCUUCUCAUGUUCUGGGGUUACAAAAUUUAUCAAACAGAAUAUCAACCCCAAGAUUCAAUAAACUGGUAAAUAAGUGUGAUUAAUGUAGGGUUGUAUCUUUAAAAUCGUUUUAUAGAUAUGUGCAAAAACUUGAUCUGAGGAUACUUUGAUUGUCCAAAUUUAAAAAAAUCAAACACGAGUAUUCCA